GCUCGAUGUCCACACACACACCACCACCUGCCCAAACCACCAACACCCACCCACCACCAACACCCUCCCCUGGCGUGUGGCCUUGGCAUUGGAGUAUAAAUUCAGAAGGCUGAGUGCUUGUGUCUCAGAGACUGGGGCCUUCUCUGACACAAGGUGAGAAGACAAGGAACUGAUCCCGAGGGACAAAGACGGGGAACCUUACCAGCACAGAAGUGGUGGAGGAGUCCAAAAUGAAGACCAUAAUUCUAGAAGCACUCGCAAAACAGCAGGAGUACCUGAAACGGCAGAGAGAUGCUAUCGCGUUCAGAAUGAAAAAACUGUCAGCCAAACAGACAGACAUAAACAAAAAGACAGACACGCUGAAGGAGAAGCUCAAGAAGAAAUAUGAGGACAUGAAGCGUGUGUUAGACGACGACCUGCACAUCACGCUGACCCAGUUGGAGAUGGAGGCCGAGGCCGCGGAGAGGGUGAUCGAGGAUCACAUGGAGCACUGCUACGCCCUAACGAAGGACAUCGACCGCGAGCUGUCCGAACUUAGUGCCCGGUUGGAGGCGCAGAUAAACUAUGAUAAGGACAAGUCAGUGCAGACAGAGGAAAGGAUAGCGGCCACGCUGAAGCAGACGGACCCCGAGCUUAUCAAUUUGGACGAGUUCAAGAAUGAGCAGCUCAUCAGCCUCACCAUCAACCUGCUGCUAUUCAUUCGCUCGCAAGUGCCCGUCACCAAGAAGCUCUUCCAGAGUUAUGCCUCAGAGGUUGUCAUUGACCCAAACUCAGCCCACCCCAAACUGAUCGUCUCCCCCGAGGGCAACUCGGUCACCUACACCGACUCCUGGCAGGAGGUCCCGGAGAACAAGUCUCGCUUCGACACCACCCUCAACGCCUUGAGCCGGCGCGGCUUCCACGAGGGCCGCCACUACUGGGAGGUGCAGGUGGCGGGCAAGACCUACUGGGAGCUGGGCAUCACCUACCCAAGCAUCCCCAGGAAGGGCAAGGAGGAGCAGUGCUGGCUGGGCCGCGGAUCUGACUCCUGGUGCGUGGAGUUCUUCAACGGCAGCUACAACGCGUGGCACCGGGGCGUGGCACACACGCUGACCCCCGUGGAGGGGCAGAGCUUCACACGCAUCGGCGUGUUCUCCAGCUUCCCGGGGGGCCUGGUGUGGUUCCUCGGCGCGGACACCAUGACGCCGCUGCACUGCUUUUGCGCGGGCAAGUUCACCGACAGACUGCUCCAGGCCGUCUGCCCCGGAGACGACAACAAGGGGACCAAUUGGAAGCCUUUGGAAAUAUGCGACGCUUCUAGGUCUGGUCCCACUCUGUGAUGGACAGUCUGGCCACCGUACCAGAGUCUCUGGCAGCGAGUGAUUCGAGUGAGUCAGUGAUCUGUGACCAGAUACUGCCCACUGCGGUAAAGAGAGACUUAAGGGGUAUUAUUGUACAUUGGCAUGACUGUUUCUAUCUAUGUUCUCACUGAUCAGUAUUAAAAUAAUUAAUAUGUU